UCUCGAGGAGCGGAUACUUUACCGACUUUUUCCCUCUCUUUCUCUAUCUCCCCACGUUCUUUAUUUCUUCACACUCUCUCCACAAGACUUCUGUUUCUUCCUUUCCUCUUUGAUACAGGGGCAGAGCCGGAGUGCUUUAGUGAAGGACACUGGCGAGGUGGCGUUGUGCCCGUGCGGCGCAAGUUAUCCUGUUGACAGUGACUGUUGAUUUGGACAUGCCGCUGAGGUCCGCCGCUGCAAUUUGAACUGUCCAUACGCACCGGCGCUUACCCUCAGCCUCAGAAAAUACCAUGACUGACCCUACAGCUUAUAGCAAGAAGCUACAAGGAAAAGUGGUUAUCAUCACCGGAGGUGCCAGUGGAAUCGGUGAGGGCACGGCACGUUUGUUCGCCAAUCACGGUGCACGCGCCAUCGUCAUCGCCGACAUCCAAGACCAGCUGGGCCAAGGCGUCGCCGAGUCAAUCGGCUUACACUGCUGCAGGUACAUCCAUUGUGAUGUAACCGAUGAGCAGCAGAUCAAAGCCAUGGUGGAAUCAACGGUGCACAUGUACGGACAGCUUGACAUAAUGUUCAGCAACGCCGGAAUGGUGAGUAAAAACCUCACGACCAUACUGGAGCUAGAUCUAUCAGAUUACGACACGCUGUUUGCAGUGAACGCGAGGGGCAUGGCAGCGUGUGUGAAGCACGCGGCGCGUGCGAUGGUGGAGGGUGGAGUUAAAGGGAGCAUAGUGUGCACGGCGAGCGUGACUGCGACGAUGGGGAGUGACAAGUUUAUUGACUACACGAUGUCCAAGCACGCGGUCUUGGGGCUGAUGAGAUCAGCGAGUAAACAGCUGGGCGCGUACGGAAUAAGGGUGAAUUGCGUGUCGCCGGCGGGAGUGGCCACUCCAUUGGCAUGCGAUGCGGGUCAGAUGGGUGUGGAGGAGACUGAGAAUUAUUUCGGACAGUUAAUGGGUUUGAAAGGGAGGGGGGCGUUGAAAGUGAAACACGUAGCGGAUGCCGUGUUGUUUCUUGCUUCCGACGAUUCUGAGUUUAUUACUGGUCAUAACUUGGUUGUCGACGGUAAUUACCGCCGGUGAGCUUGUCAGAUUACAGGGGAACUCAAUUCUCUCGGGUCACUAUUUUUACUUUCCUUUUUGUGUUGGUGAAGUUAUGUAUCUUGUCGUGUUCUUAUUUGUUUUGAAGCGUGUAAGAUAUUUUAAAAAACAUUUGCUUUAAAAUGUUUCCCAAAACAACUUUUCUUUUAUUUUUAUAUUAAUGAAAAAAAUUAAUCUCCCAGCUUUGUUAUAA